AUCUCGUAGCAUUGCUGUAUAUUGUCGCUUAAUUAUGAUGUCCAUUUCUACACAAGCAGUUCUCGUACUUUUCCUUGGUGUUAUCAUCUCACAAAGCGCUCCACCCACUCAGAUCUACAUCAUUGAUGGAAAGGGGGUACGUUAUUACUUUAACAACCUCUCUGUAACGGUAAAAGCUGGCAGACAACAUGAUAUCACAUGUGAAGCAUACGGAGCAAAUCCUCCUUCAGCAUUGGAAUGGCAUGUACCAGAUGAUAUGGCUGUUGUUCAUCAGGAUCAGUCUGAUGUUAUUGAAGACGGAUCUUAUAUCUCUCGUAAAGCUGUGACAAUCACACCCUCUAGGAAAGACCACGGAAAGAUUCUUAGCUGCAUUGCAUCACAUCCACAACUACAAAAUGAACGUCUACGCUCAGUUCAUCUCAAUGUUCAUGUUCUGCCAAGGGAUAUGCUGCUCUUUCGAAUUGGAGGAAACCAGUCCCAUUCCAGAGUCCUUAACGUUCAAGAAGAUACACCGACUUCAAUCACUUGUAAAAUUAUCGGGUCAUUCCCAGCGACCGAACUAUCAUUUCAGUUAGUAGGGGGUACUGGUCGAGCUGACAAUAUCCCCCUUCGCGCAAAUAUCUCAAGCAAAAGGAGUGUUUUAGACGAUAAGUUGUUCGACACCGAGGGUACCAUAACCAUUCACCCAAAUAUUGAGCGUCAUGGGAAGUACAUUUAUUGCUACGCAUCACUUGAAAAACACAUAGUUGGAUUUAUGUUCGUCAAAGUGAUUGUUUACGGCCCACCAGAAGGCAUCAAAAUUACUUCCCCUAUGGACCUGUACGAUGGCAUAGAAAUAAAUGUAACCUGCAAAGCUGUUAAUGGAUACCCAGCACCGCAUAUCCAUUGGUAUAUCGGAUCAAGAAAUCUUACAGAGGAGUCAUCCUUAAACAUAAGUGAAAAUAAAGCUGUUCGAUAUGAUGCUGAAAGCACGCUAACUCUAAUACCAACCAGUUUUGACCACGGGGAACGUCUUCUCUGCCUGGCAGUUCAACCUACGACACUCCCAGGUCGUUCGGUGAAUCAAAGCUUAGUUCUGAAUAUAAAGUAUCAUCCCGUUGUGUCAAUUACUGCUCGACAUCUUACAUCAAACAAAGCAAGUGGGACUACUGAGCUCGCGUUGAUAUGUGAAGCGGACGCCAAUCCUCCUGUCAAUACCUUCGAAUGGCUAUGCAACGAAACUGUGGUGUCCAACGACUCCAAUAACAAAGCACUACCUCAGACUAUAGAUGCAACGAUAACGUCCAGCGUACUUGUGAUUCAAAACCCACUCUCCAAGUAUAAUUUUGUCUAUAAAUGUACCGCCAAAUCAGAAUACGGCUCAGGAAGUGUGAUCUUCAAUACUGUUGAUUUGUAUUUAAUCCCGGAUGCACCUUCUGGGAUCAUCGUCCAUCAAAACCAGAUGAAAUCUUCAUCUCUUUUCGUUGCCUGGAAAUCAGCUCCACCAAAUCGGCUCUAUAUCACUGAUGGAGAGGGCAUCUUUAACCACUUUAUAAACAACCUCUCUCUAACGGUAAUAGCUGGUCAACAACAUGACAUCACAUGCGAAGCAUAUGAAGCAAUGCCCCCUGCAGUAUUGGAAUGGUGUCUACCUGAUGAUAUGGCAGUUGUUCAUCAGGAUCAGUCUGAUGUCAUCCAAGACAGCUUUUACAUCUCUCAGAAGGCUGUGAGAAUCACGCUUUCCAGGAAUGACCACGGAAAGAUCCUCACCUGCAUCGCAUCACAUCCACAACUAUCUAAGAGCCUUCAAUGCUCAGUUCAUCUGAAUGUUCAUGUUCUUCCUAUGAGUGUGCUCCUCUUUCUAACUGGAAGUAACCAGUCACAAUCGACAGUCUUUUACGUUCAAGAUGAUUCACCGACUUCAAUCACAUGUAAAAGUAUUGGGUCAUUCCCAGCAACCGAACUAACCUUUCAGUUAGAAAGUGGCAAUGGUCUCGCCGAAAUAAUUAUUCCAAAUAUCUCAAGCAAAACAAGUAUUUUAGACGAUGCUUUGUUCGACACCGAGGGUACUGUAAUCAUACAUCCAAAUAUUGUACAUCAUGGGAAGUACAUUAAUUGCUUUGCAUUACUUGAAGAAUCUCUAGUGGAAUGGGUGUUUGCCAAAGUGGUCGUUUACGGCGCACCAGAAGGCAUCAAAAUAAAUUUUCCUCUGGACUUAUAUGACGGCACAGAAAUAAAUGUAACCUGCAAAGCUGCUAAUGGAUACCCUGCACCGCAUAUACAUUGGUACAUCGGAUCAAGAAAUCUUACAACGGAUUCAUCUUUGAACAUAAGUGAAAAUAAAGCUGGUCGAUAUGAUGCUGAAAGCACUCUGACUCUAAUACCGACGAGGUUUGACCAUGGGAAAAGUCUUCUCUGCCUGGCAGUUCAAACUACAACACUCCCAGCUCGUUCGGUGAAUCAAAGCUUGGUUCUGAAUAUAACAUAUCAUCCUGCUGUGUCAAUCACUGCUCGACAUCUUACAUCAAACAAAGCAAGUGGGACUACUGAGCUCGUGUUGAUAUGUGAAGCGGACGCCAAUCCUCCUGCCAUUACCUUCGUUUGGCUUUGCAACGAAACUGUAGUGUCCAACGACCCCAAUUACUACAAUCUCACCGAGACUCUAUAUGAAGAUGCAACGCUAAGGUCCAGCGUACUUGCGAUUCAAAACCCACUCAUCAUGUAUCAUUAUGUUUACAACUGCACCGCUGUAUCAGAAUACGGCUCGGGAAGUGCAGUAUUGAAUUCCCUUUAUUUGUAUUUCAUCUCGCAUCCACCUUCUGGGUUCACCAUUCACCAAAACCAGACGAAAUCUUCAUCUCUUUCCGUUGCCUGGCAACCACGAUUCAUCAUCUAG